GAGUGUGCGGGGGGCGCUGAGGGAAAGCGGCGGGUCCCGGUCGCUCCCCGGUCCUGAGCCUUUCCCCGACUCCUAGUGUACCAUCCCGGGCCCCGGGGGUCUCUACCCGGCCGCGGGGCGCUGCCCAGCCGGCGCCCUGGGCGGGCCCGGCGCCCGUUUCCUCAGAGGCCUUUCCCUCGCUGUCCCCGGCAGCCCCGGAGCUCUGGGUGCCCCGGCCUCGUUCUUUCUCCCUCCCCGGCUUCUACCGCCGGGUUGGGCGCGGGGUGAAGGGUCGUGGGGCUGGUAAUUAAGCCACGAAGCUGUUGAGGUGCCUUUUGCCAUAAAUUAAUAGACUACAAACAGCAGAAAAAGGGCUUUUAGUAGAGAGCUCUUCUACACCUUGUAGUCCACGUAUUGUAGAAAUCCCCAAGACGUCUCUGCGCCUGUAACUGAAGAUGGAGACCUCGAUGCUGAACUCGAGGAGCCUGUAUGAUCAACUUAUGCGCCAGGCUGAAGUUUUAAGCGAAGGGAACCUAUGCCAGUUUAUCCAGUUAGCCAAGAACUUUGAAGAGUACCGGAAAAAAUGGCAGAAAACGGAGCACGAGCUUGUCAGGUACAAAGAUCUUCUCAUGAAAACUGAAGCUGAACGUAGCGCUUUGGAUGUGAAACUGAAACAUGCUCGUAAUCAAGUGGAUGUGGAGAUCAAACGAAGGCAAAAAGCUGAAAUGGACUGUGAAAAGCUGGAGCGGCAAAUACAACUCAUUCGAGAGCUGCUCAUGUGUGAUGCGUCUGGGAGCAUUCAGCUAAGCGAGGAACAGAAGUCUGCCCUCGCCUUUCUGAACAGGCCGCAGGCUUCCCUUGGCGGUACAGGCAACAAAAGGCUGUCUACAAUAGAUGAAUCUGGCUCAAUUCUGUCAGACAUCAGCUUUGACAAGACCGAUGAGUCACUGGACUGGGAUUCCUCGGUGGUGAAAACUGUCAGGCUGAAAAGGAGAGAGAAGCGGCGGUCUUCCAGGCAGUUCAUUGAAGGCCCACCGGGUCCUCAGAAGAAAUCCAGAUCAAUCAGCUCCACAGUGGACCAGGGAAAUGAAUCCAUAGUAGCAAAGACAACUGUCAUGGUCCCCAGUGACGGUGGCCCAAUUGAAGCCAUUUCUACUAUCCAGACUGUGCCUUACGGUCUGAACAGCCGGAGGAAGAGCGGUCCUUUGCAGCCUUGGAGCAGCGAGUCGAGCUUGGGCAGCAAGGCGCUGGAGUCCAAAGCGGAGACUGAUGGCUCUAGCACCCCGCAGAACAACGGGGGAGUGAGGCUGCACGACUUUGUUUCCAAGACGGUUAUCAAGCCGGAAUCAUGUGUUCCAUGUGGAAAGAGAGUAAAAUUUGGGAAAAUCUCCCUGAAGUGCAGAGAUUGCCGUGUGGUCACUCACCCAGAGUGUCGGGACCGCUGUCCUCUCCCCUGCAUCCCCACCCUGACAGGGACUCCUGUCAGAAUCGGCGAGGGGACCUUGAUGGACUUUGUCCCUUCCACUCCUCCAAUGAUCCCUUCCAUCAUAGUGCACUGUGUUAAUGAGAUCGAGCAGCGAGGGCUGCAUGAGACGGGCCUUUACCGGAUAUCGGGCUGCGACAAGACAGUGAGGGAACUGAAAGAGAAGUUUCUUAGAGGAAAAACGAUUCCUUUGCUCAGCAAAGUGGAUGAUAUCCACGCUAUCUGCGGCCUUCUCAAGGACUUCCUGCGCAACCUGAAGGAACCUCUUCUCACUUUCCGGUUAAACAAGACUUUUAUGGAAGCUGCAGAAAUCUCAGAUGAGGACAACAGUAUCGCUGCGAUGUACCAAGCAGUUGGGGAACUUCCUCAGGCCAACAGGGACACCCUGGCUUUCCUCAUGAUCCACCUGCAGAGGGUGGCUCAGAGCCCAGAGACUAAAAUGGACAUUACCAACUUGGCCAAGGUGUUUGGCCCCACAAUAGUUGCCCAUGCGGUACCUGAUCCUGACCCUAUGACACUCCUGCAAGACACUAAGCGGCAGCCCAAGGUAGUGGAGCGACUUCUGCUGCUACCGAUGGAUUACUGGAGCCAGCUGAUGAUGGUGGAGCAAGAAAACAUUGACCCAGCGCAUAUAAUUGAGAACGUCAAUGCCUACUCUACUCCGCAGACACCAGAUGCUAAAGUGAGCAUGCUUGGACCCCUCACCACUCCGGAGCACCAGCUCUGCAAGACGCCGUCGUCUAGUUCCCUGUCCCAGAGGGUCCGUGCUACCUUCAGCAAAACCACCCCCAGAUUUGGGAGCAAAAGCAAGUCAACAACCCAGCUUGGGCAUCAGGGCAACUUCUUUUCCUCUCCUCUGCUGAAGUGACGCGGACCUGGGCGUUAGUGCCAUCCCAGCGUUUGCACACCGAUAUGCACGAGUACAAUAAGCGCAAGUCCUCACCGCGGCCCUCGGCAGCUUAUGUAAUACGAUUUUUUUCCUUUUAUCUUUCAGCUUAACUGAGACUUUUAAUGGGAUUUUAUUGUGCAAUGUAUUUUUAUUAACUAAUGCUGUGCUGUAUUUAGUAUUGGUGAAGAAAGUAACUAGCAGGGUGUGUUUUAAGCGUUAAUUAAAUCUGCUAGAGGAACUCUGACACUUUUCCAUAGCAUCCAGUCCUCUAGCCAUAUGAAGUAGAACGGUCGUACAGGGAUCAUAUGUAGUUUUAGUUCUUGUUUUUUGAAACUCCACAUUGGGUUGUCACUGCAGCUUGAAAACCGAUUGAACUUUGUUGGCAUCCGGUCGUUCCAACAGCGCACAGGUCUGUAAUUCUUGAUCGGGGCUGUGGUUGUGCAGCCCGUAGUCCUGAGGAUGGCAGUGUGGCAUUUCUCUGAUGGGCUAACGAUGCUCUGCUUAACGAACUGCCGGAGCGACUGUGGCUUUUUCUAAAGAAACAGUUCCAGAUCCUUGUUUACAAGGGGAAAAUUUUGUAGAGGAGUGUCUGUAGAUGUAAACCCAGAGGAUUCCUGGGUUGUCUAAAUGAGUUACUAGUGCUGCUCACACUGGUGAGAGGAAUGAGGGUAGUUUAAUAGCACCCUUGCUUUUGGGAGUCCCUGUUUUCCCACAUCGGGAUGUGUAACCUUGCCCAGUGCUGCGUGAAAAGACUUGUGGAAUAUGUACUGAAGUUUAUAAAGUGGCUGUUUUUAUUGAGCUUUGGAAUACUGUCCUAAUCUGUGCAGUUCGGUAAAUCAUUACGUUCUAUGUGA